CCUCCAGCACCAAGAUUGAAGUUCCUAUAUACGGCUUUCGUCGAGUGUACCGCCAAUAUCGCCGGGGAAAAGGGCCCCGCUGGCGUUCGGUCGACCAUCCCCAUCGUCGGCGGCAAUGUAACCGGACCCCUCAUCAAAGGAAAGAUCGCAGACGUGGGCGCGGACUGGGGCACGACGGAUCCUCAGACCGGCGUCUUCAGCGCAGACACAAGAUACAAUGUUAUCACGGACGACGGUGCGGUCAUUUUCCUCCGGACCAGCGGGCCUCAAAUAUCGGGCAAAUUGCACUUGCGGGUCCAACUCGAGACCGGGUCGAAGAAAUAUUACUGGUUGAACAAUAUCAUU